GGGCCUUCAUCAGAUACAGAACUGCGUAUGCAUAUGUUGCGUGAUCGAAGAUCAUCGAAUGUCGAAAGUGUGGAUCGGAUGAAAAUGAGCGAGUGUGUGUACGAGAUUUAGAUAAAUUGCACGUAGAGAUUUUGAGGAGGAAAAAUUCAUUAUUGUGCAAGAACGAGGUUUGCGAAUCGUUACAAGCAUAUCUCGCAUUAAUUAGCGUUCUCGUGAUCGGGGCGGAACAAAUAUUUCAAAGAAUCUGUUACAUACUUUUUUUGACACUACUCUCUACAUUCCCGAAUAAUUCGAAAUGUCUACGCGAUAUAUAAAAAAAAUUUAUGGCGGCGAUGUAAUUCUUGACAAUGAUAACGAUAGUGCGAGUGAUACGGAAAUUUCGAUGACAAGUGGUACCAAGUCCAAGCCUUUCAACGUCUUUGAUGUGUUGAAUCAGAGCUCUGAUAAUGAUGAACAAGAUACCAGUGACAAGCAAGAGGAGGAUUUGGUUACAAAUUGCAAUGUAAAUUGCAAUGAUACGAAGAAUAGGAAAAAGAAGAAAAAGCGUAAGAAAUCGGAGAAUGAAAAAUCCAGGAAUCAACAACAUAAUGUGCAAUGUGAUGAAGAUGAGAUUGAGCGAAGCGUAUGGGAAGUGAACAAAUUACUUGGAGAGCCGUUACCGAGUUGUAGUAAUCAGGUUUUAGAGCCACAAUGGGUUAACAAAAAGUCUAAAGAAGACAUAUUGAUUGUACAACAUAAACACUUGAAUCCAUAUAACGAAUUAAAGAGAAUCUUUGGUAGUAAAACUGUACAAGCUGAACGAAGCAAAAGAAAAAGUAGAGGCCGUCUUGGGCACUUGAAAAAGACAUGGUUAGUUUGCCCACGAGAUACUUGGCCGCCGAUUGGUAAAUCUGGAUUAACAAUGUCCUUGGAUUGCUCUAUAGAGAACACGGGAAAUGUACAGUACUUUGUAUAUGAACACAGCACUUCGUACAAACAGAUACAACUUAGAUUUUUGCAGGCUGUUGAAAGUUUAAAUCCAGAGAACAUAAUUAGCAUAAUAAACAUACAUUCUUAUCAUGUAGAUGCUCUCCUGCAGAUAGCUGAAUUGUGUAAAUUAAGCGAGGAUUUACCAAUGGCAGCGGAAUUUAUAGAACGGGCUCUAUAUUGCUUAGAAUGCGCGUUUCAUCCAUCUUUUAAUAUAACAACUGCACAGUGUAGAUUAGAUUACAGGAAACAACAGAAUCGUGCACUUUUUAUAACACUUUUCAAACAUCUUGCAUUUGUUGGUGGAAGAGCUUGUUACAGAACAAGCUUGGAAUUUUGUAAAUUACUUUUAUCUUUGGAUCCUGAAGGUGAUCCGCUCGCUAUAGUCUUGACCAUUGAUUUCUAUGCCUUAAGAGCUAAGGAAUAUGAAUGGUUCGUAGAAUUUUGUAAUCUGUGGGAAAGUUCCAGAAAUCUAACUCAAUUACCAAACAUAGCGUAUAACCUGGCAUUGGCUCACUUUCGUUUGGGAAAUAAAGAUGAUGCUGAUAUGCUCCUGCAAAAUGCUCUUAUCAUGUUUCCAGGUGUCUUGAUACCCUUACUUGAGAAGUGUAGUAUACAAACAGAUGCCAAGGUAAUGCAUCAUGAUUUUUUUAACUCUAAAGCUCAAGCUAGUACAUCACCAGCUUUAGAGAAGCUACAGAAUUUAUAUAUAGUGCGUAGCUUCCAUCUCUGGAAGGAGACAGAUACAUUACCAUGGUUAGAGGAAUGUGUGCAUGCUGUGCUAAAUCGAAUUGAGUCUAAAGAUGAUUAUGUCAAAUAUUGUCAAGUAAAGCGUAGCAAACGCUAUCAAGGAAGGUUACCAAAGAACAUUUUAAGACACAUUAUAUUAGCAGAUAUGAAAGAGGUCAUAGUAAAUGUCCAAGAGAUACAGAAUGAGGGUCCAGUAUUGUCACACGAUCCAUUACCACCAAUAGACAGCAUUGAUAUUUAUAAGAGACCUACAGCAAAUGACAGAAUGGUUCAAAAUAGUUCAAAUUUUCUUUCUCUCUUUUUUUCUUCGUUAUUCACAGACAUCGAUGGCGCGGCUGCUGCUUUAAAUGGUUUAAAUAUAUUUGAGGAGAAUGAUGACCAUGUACAAUAACUUUUCCUUUUAUAUGCAUCAACUUCAUAAUGGUAAGAAAACUAUAUAAAAUGUGCAAUUUUAAAUAAUAUAUACAAGAGAGAAUCAAAUAAUUAAUAACAUAUGAUAGCUCAAUAAAAAUAUAAUUUCAGAAUUAUUUAAUUUUUGAUGUAUAAAGAAAAAUUUGCAAUCUUAAUUUUUUAAAUAUUUUUAAAAUAUUAUUUAAAAAUUUUUAAAUAAAUUUU